GUCACACGCUGCUUGGUCCUUGCUUGGUGGGAUAUUCUGUCACGAUCGUGAGGAGGAGAGACGGACCAAGGCGCAGCGUGAUUAUUACGGUGAAACUUUAAACACAAACAAUAAACCGACAACGAAACGUGAAAGUAGUGGUGCACAUGCACAAACACAAAACAAUAUCCCACAAACACAGGUGGGAAAAAUGGCUACCAAAAUAUGAUCCCCAAUUUGAGGCAACGAUUACCAGCUGCCUCUAAUUGGGAACCAUACAAAACACCAACAUAGAAAUAUUGAACUAGAACACCCCCGGGCGUCAGGGCGUGACAAUUGUGUUGCUUUUUCUCUGGACACUGGAUGGUGUGAUUUCAUUUUUGUCAGUGAAACGAGGCUACUCAGGCGAGGGGGGCAAAAAAAAUAUAAAUGGACUGUUUGAAAAUGUGAAGAAAAAAUAAAAAUGUAUAUAUUCAAUUUUUUAAAAUAUGAAUCCCAUUUUUAUUUGCCGUACCCCCAACGAUAUUGCGCGUACCCCUGGGGGUACAGGAAUACCUCUUCUAGAACAUAGUCUUGCAGAAGCAACAUUUAUUACGACAGCUGUGUAUGACUAGCUCUUAUGCUGUGUUGUGUUCUUGCAUCUCACAGACAAUCCACAAUUCGGAAUUAUUCUUGCCAUUAUGGCUGCGUUUACACAGGCAGCCCAAUUCUGAUAUUUUCCCACUAAUUGGUAUUUUAAUCAAUCAGAUCAGGUCUUUUGCUAAUAAUUGGGCAACAUAUCUGAAUUGGGCUGCUUGUGUAAAUGAAGCCCAAGUAGGUCACCACAUCAGCAUGACUGCAUUGAGCAGUUGUCAAUGGCGGACUGUGUUUGAUCACCCAUAUAUGCGGUCACAGUCUUUUCCCAUGCAGGUUAGGAGCUGUGUGCUUUGAUUGAUUCUGCUUUCUACUUGUUGCCCUGCCCUCCCCUUCCAUCACUCUGCAGUCUCCGAAUGUUCCAGCCACUGACAUGGAAGUAACAGCUUUCCAGCCUCUGGUGCUCUAUAAGAGGUUUGGGGUGCUCCUCUUCAUAAUAUCCUGCUAUUACAUGGUAGCAAAGACCUAAAGACGAGGGUGUGUAAGAUGGCAGUGUGGAUCCAGGCCCAGCAGCUCCAGGGGGAUGCGCUGCACCAGAUGCAGUCUCUCUAUGGACAGCACUUCCCCAUCGAGGUGCGCCAUUACCUGUCCCAGUGGCUCGAGGGCCAACUCUGGGAUGUGAUCGAUCUGGAGAACCCCCAGGAGGAGUUUAAGGCCAAGCGUCUGCUGGACAGCCUGAUCCAGGAGCUGCAGAACAAGGCUGAGCAUCAGGUGGGAGAGGACGGCUUCCUGCUCAAGAUCAAACUGGGACACUACGCCAGCCAGCUCAAGAGCACGUAUGACCGCUGCCCUCUGGAGCUGGUGAGAUGCAUUAAACACAUCCUGUACACGGAGCAGAGGCUAGUCCGAGAGGCCUCUAAUUCGAGCUCCCCAGUGGGAGGGAUGAUGGACAGCAUGUCCCAGAAGUACCAGCAGAUCAACCAGGCAUUUGAGGAGCUGCGCCUGCUGACCCAGGACACAGAGAACGACCUGAGAAAGCUCCAGCACAACCAGGAGUACUUCAUCAUCCAGUACCAGGAGAGCCUCCGCAUCCAGGCCCAGUUGACCAGCCUGACCACACUGCCCCCUGCUGACAGACAGCUGAGGGAGCCCACAUUACUGAGCAAGAGAGCCACCGUGGAGGCCUGGCUCACCCGGGAGGCCAACACACUACAGAAAUACAGACUGGACCUGGCAGAGAAGCACCAGAAGAGCCUGCAGCUGCUGAGGAAGCAGCAGACCAUCAUCCUGGAUGACGAGCUGAUCCACUGGAAGAGAAGGCAACAGUUGGCCGGAAACGGGGGUCCUCCGGAGGGGGGGCUGGACAUCCUGCAGUCCUGGUGUGAGAAGUUGGCAGAGACGAUCUGGCAGAACAGGCAGCAGAUCAGGAGAGCAGAACACCUGAGACAACAGCUUCCCAUCCCCGGCCCCAUCGAGGAACUACUCAACGACCUCAACAGCACCAUCACAGACAUCAUCUCAGCACUGGUCACCAGCACCUUUAUCAUAGAGAAGCAGCCUCCCCAGGUGCUGAAGACCCAGACCAAGUUUGCCGCCACAGUGCGCCUCCUAGUGGGUGGAAAGCUCAAUGUGCACAUGAACCCCCCGCAGGUCAAGGCCACCAUCAUCAGUGAACAGCAGGCGAAGGCCUUGCUCAAGAAUGAGAACACCAGGAAUGACAGCAGUGGAGAGAUCCUUAACAACAACUGUGUGAUGGAGUACCACCAGGCCACAGGAACACUCAGCGCCAACUUCAGGAACAUGUCUUUGAAGAGGAUCAAGCGCUCGGACCGGCGAGGGGCGGAGUCUGUGACAGAGGAGAAGUUUACCAUUCUGUUUGAGUCUCAGUUCAGCGUCGGGGGUAAUGAGCUGGUCUUUCAGGUUAAGACGUUAUCACUUCCUGUGGUGGUGAUCGUCCACGGUAGCCAAGACAAUAACGCCACGGCAACAGUGCUGUGGGACAACGCUUUUGCCGAACCCGGUCGGGUGCCCUUCAUAGUGCCUGAUAAGGUGCUGUGGCCCCAGCUGUGUGAGGCCCUCAACAUGAAGUACAAGGCGGAGGUGCAGAGUAACCGUGGCCUCUCAGAGGAGAACCUGGUCUUCCUGGCCCAGAAAGCAUUCAGUAGCUCCAGCAUCAACCCUGACGACUACCGCGGCAUGACCAUGACCUGGUCCCAGUUCAACAGGGAGAGUUUGCCUGGCAGGAAUUUCACGUUCUGGCAGUGGUUUGAUGGGGUCAUGGAACUCACAAAAAAACAUCUCAAACCACACUGGAAUGAUGGGGCGAUCCUGGGAUUUGUGAACAAGCAGCAGGCCCAGGACAUGUUGAUGUCCAAACCCAAUGGGACCUUCCUGCUCCGCUUCAGCGACUCUGAGAUCGGAGGGAUCACUAUCGCCUGGGUGGCUGAGAAUCCCAACAAACCAGGGGAGAGGAUGGUGUGGAACCUCAUGCCCUACACAACCAAAGACUUCUCCAUCCGCUCUCUGGCUGACCGCAUCAGUGACCUCAACCACCUCCUGUUCCUCUACCCAGACAGACCCAAGGAUGAGGUCUUCUCCAAAUACUACACGCCGCCCCUGUCCAAAGCAGUGGAUGGAUACGUGAAACCGCAGAUCAAACAAGUGGUACCAGAGUUCACCACGACCAAUCCUGACCCAGCAGCAAACCCCACGUACAUGGAUCACGGAGCCUCCCCUGUUGUCAGUCACCCUCCAAAUUACGGCAUAUACCAGCCUAUGAGUGACUCCAUGUUAGAUGCUGACGGUGACUUUGACCUGGAUGACACCAUGGACGUGGCGCGACACGUUGAGGAGCUGCUGCGGCGACCGAUGGAGAACCAAUGGAGCGGCCAGCAGUCGUGACCCUCAACCUCUAACCCCUGACACCAACAAAAGAACCCCGCACCUUUUGACAUUUCUGAUGGUUUAAUUCCAUUCAUUUCCUCCUGUCCUGUUUCAGCUAUAAUGUGAAAUGUUAACAAUGGUUGUGAUUGUUUUUUUGUUUUUUCUCCUCAGCAUGCAAACUGCACGUCAGUGACCUUUUUUCAGUUUGUCUCCGUGCGUAUCUGUAAAACAGACUAGGUAGAGAUGCAAAAAAAACCACAAUGUUACAGUAUUGUAUGAAAAAAAUUAAAUUCACGCAUGUAUUUUAAUUUGGUCAUAAUUCUAACAAAGAUAUAUGAAGAACACUCUCCACAACCGGUAUGAAGUCAUUUAAACAGUUGUACUGUUUUUAUUUUUGUUUAGUUGUUUUAUUAUUGUAAAUGGUUUAUCAACAAAGUUUGUUGUUUAUUGAAUCCGCCCUCUGCCAAAGAAGAGAAAAACUUCAAUGAAUAAUUUGUUGUUGUUAUUGACAAUAUCAUUGGAUUUGUUGCUAAGGGAAGUUUCAAUCAGUACUAUAAUAAUUCUGAAUCUUUACACACUAAACUCCAAGCAGAAUGGCUCUCAUUUCAUUCUCAGAGCACACUGAGUGUCUAUGUCACACACACACACGCGCACACACACACACACACACACACACACACACACACACACACACACACACACACACACACACACACACACACACACACACACACACACACACACACACACACACACACGGUUGCAUAAUAUACACUGCUCAAAAAAAUAAAGGGAACACUAAAAUAACACCACCUAGAUCUGAAUGAAUGUUGAAUGUUGAAUGUGCUGACAACAAAAUCACCCAAAAAUGAUCCAUUGAAAUCAAAUUUAUCAACCCAUGGAGGUCUGGAUUUGGAGUGAAAAACCACACUACAGGCUGAUCCAAAAUGAGUCAAAAUGAGGUUCAGUUGUGUGUGUGGCCUCCACGUGCCUGAUUGACCUCCCUACAACGCCUGGGCAUGCUCCUGAUGAGGUGGCGGAUGGUCUCCUGAGGGAUCUCCUCCCAGACCUAGACUAACUCCUGGACAGUCUAUGGUGCAACGCCACGUUGGUGGAUGGAACGAGACAUGAUGUCCCAGAUGUGCUCAAUUGGAUUCAGGUCUGCGGAACGGGCGGGCCAGUCCAUAGCAUCAAUGCCUUCCUCUUGCAGGAACUGCUGACACACUCCAGCCACAUGAGGUCUAGCAAUGUCUUGCAUUAGGAGGAACCCAGGGCCAACCGCACCAGCAUAUGGUCUCACAAGGGGUCUGAGGAUCUCAUCUCGGUACCUAAGGGAAGUCAGGCUACCUCUGGCGAGCACAUGGAGGGCUGUGCGGCCCCCCAAAGAAAUGCCACCCCACACCAUGACUGACCCACCGCUAAACCGGUCAUGCUGGAGGAUGUUGCAGGCAGCAGAACGUUCUCCACGGCGUCUCAAGACUCUGUCACGUCUGUCACGUGCUCAGUGUGAACCUGCUUUCAUCUGUGAAGAGCACAGGGAGCCAGUGGCGAAUUUGCCAAUCUUGGUGUUCUCUGGCAAAUGCCAAACGUCCUGCACGGUGUUGGGCUGUAAGCACAACCCCCACCUGUGGACGUCGGGCCCUCAUACCACCCUCAUGGAGUCUGUUUCUGACCGUUUGAGCAGACACAUGCACAUUUGUGGCCUGCUGGAGGUCAUUUUGCAGGGCUCUGGCAGUGCUCCUCCAGCUCCUCCUUGCACAAAGGCGGAGGUAGCGGUCCUGCUGCUGGGUUGUUGCCCUCCUACGGCCUCCUCCACGCCUCCUGAUGUACUGGCCUGUCUCCUGGUAGCGCCUCCAUGCGCUGGACACUACGCUGACAGACACAGAAAACCUUCUUGCCACAGUUCGCAUUGUUGUGCUAUCCUGGAGGAGCUGCACUACCUGAGCCACUUGUGUGGGUUGUAGACUCCGUCUCAUGCUACCACUCGAGUGAAAGCACCGCCAGGAUUCAAAAGUGACCGAAACAUCAGCCAGGAAGCAUAGGAACUGAGAAGAGGUCUGUAGUCACCACGUGCAGAACCACUCCUUUAUUGGUGGUGUCUUGCUAAUUGCCUAUAAUUUCCACCUGUUGUCUAUUCCAUUUGCACAACAGCAUGUGGAAUUUAUUGUCAAUCAGUGUUGCUUCCUAAGUGGACAGUUUGAUUUCACAGAAGUGUGAUUGACUUGGAGUUACAUUGUGUUGUUUAAGUGUUCCCUUUAUUUUUUUGAGCAGUGUACAUCAGCUCCAGCUGAAACUUGGGGACUUUGGACCCCCUCUUCACUCACAGGGAUAUAUUCAUUUCCUGUAUUUGCACACAGAUGAAAUGUAAAUACAAGCAUGUAUCCAGCAUGGCCAGGCAGGUCUCUGGACAGCCCAUAGAGAUAGAUAGAGGACUCAUCAUUAAUAUAACCCAUUUUAACAUGGCCAUUGAGGUCUUCCACCAAUUGAAAGUUGUCAACUGGGUGGGGAUUCCUACGAGUUGGGAGCAAUCAGCCAAUGAAGAAGAAUGACAUUUACUACUUUAGUACCUCAACGGUGCUGCCCAUGCUGUCACACAGACACUUUAAUGGCACAGAUAAAAUGAUGAGUCGUCUAUCUACCUCCUUACCCCUGUAAAUGAUGCAUGUGCCAUCAACACUACCUCUCAUUACCACUCUGUCUGUCUGCCUGGUGUUUUAAACAGCUCAUUUGGUCAUGUCUUGUUAUUGGUUGUGACGUCUAGUGUUGACAAUCUAUUUGGGGAGCUGUUGGGAUGCGUGUAGAGGAGCUGAGGCCACGGGGGUGUGUGUGGAGGUCGGGGUUUAGUUGGGAGAUCUGUAGGAAAGUCCAUUACUAGGACUGAUGGAUGAAGAGCCUCUAUACUGGGUCCUUAUUGGCUUAGUAUUGUUCAUCUGCUGAAGUACACUAACUACUCAAUCCAUAGCCUGAGAUAACCAGUGGAGAUCUAAUUCAACUCAUUUUACCAUGGGGCAGAGAUACCAGUUUUACCAUGGGGCAGAGAUACCAGUUUUACCAUGGGGCAGAGAUACAUUUUUGCCAUUUAAAGCAAGUUUUCUGCAGUUCUACACAUUUUUCCAUGGGGCGGAGUUUAAAAAAACAAAACACAUUUCAUGCAAUUCUACUCAUUUUACCAUGGGGCAGAGAUACAUGUUUUGAAGUUUUAAAGCUAAUUCCCUGCAAUGCUACCAGUUUUGCCAUGGGGUGGAGAUACAUUUUUGCAGUUUUAAAGCAAAUUCCCUGUAAUUCUACACAUUUUGCCAUUACUUAUGUCAUGUUAAUGAUAUCUGAGUGAGUGUGACUAGCUAGACUAGUUAGCUAGACUAGUCAGCUGUUAGCUGACAUGGCGAAGUGACUGUCACUGACAAAACAGGAGAAAAACCUGCUGAUGCACAACCACAUUUCAUCUUCUAACUUUCAACAGACAUUUAGACCCCAACUGAGUUCCAAAAAAAAACUGACCCGGGCCCUAAGCGACCGCUUAUGUCGCUUAUGCUUGGAGCCAGCCCUGAUGGUACUCCUGUCUGUCUGUCUGUCUGUCUGUCUGUCUGUCUGUCUGUCUGUCUGUCUGUCUGUCUGUCUUUUCUCUCUCUGUCUAUCUCUGUCUGUAAGCUUGUCUCCUGUUUGCUGUUAUUACUGAUCACUGUUACUAAGUCUGCAUGUGCAUGUCUGUCUCUGUGUGAUAUAACAUAAAACAUCAACUGACAACCUGAGGUACAGAUAUAUAGCUAAGUGUGCAGACAAUACGAAGCGCUUGAACACUUGACUCAUCAGUCCUGAGCAUGAAGGCCGUUGCUACCAUAAAGUUUGGGAUAUUUUAGCACUGGCUCACUCCCUGUCUUUCAGCCAAGAUCUUGUAGUGGGUCUUUCUCCAUAUACUCCCAGCAGGAUUAGUCUGCCAUAGUACACCUUAGCUACCGCAGUUUAACAAAGCAUGUAACGAUAGAUCCACCUGUUGCCGUGGCUACUCUGUUCACCCCCCCACCGCACAUACACACACACACACAAACUUCUGAACCAUUGGGCAAUAGCCCCACACAACCCCCACAGUCAUAUUACACACACACACACACACAACCCAUUGCCUCUACUCAUAAGCUCUGCCCACUCAGGAAUGAAGCCCUAUGCUUGUUUGAUGUAUCAUAAAAUGGAAAAAAAGACCAAUAGAGUCUCUGUCUAUUAGUGGAGGCUGGUGGGAGGAGCUAUGGGAGGAUGGGCUCAUUGUAAUGGCUGGAAUGGAAUAAAUGCAACAGAGUCAAACAUGUGGUUUCCAUAUGUUCGAUGUGUUUGAUACAGUUCCAUUGAUUCCAUUCCAGCCAUUACAGUGAGCCCGUCCUCCUAUAGCUCCUCCCACCAGCCUCCUCUGCUAUCUAUAUACAGCAUAUAUGAAUUUAUUUUCUGUACCGUAAUUCUAUUUUAUUACAGUAUACUGUACGUCUGUGGCACGCCCCUCUGAAUGUAACCCCCUUGCAUGACCUGAGGAGGUUGUCCGUAGAACAUGGCAGCCACUGCAAAACCCCUUAGGUUUCAUCUGAAGUAUCUGAAAAGAGCCAUAUUGCAAACAGGAAUCAGAAGAAUGUUGCUUUUGUGUUUGUCCUGCUGACAUUAUUUAGUCUUUUCCCAUCUUUGUUUCUUUAAUUUUUCCAGGUCAAAACAGCUCGUUUUUUCUUCUUUGUAUUUCUUGAUUUUACUGAUAUUUUUUGAAGAGUAAAAGCUACAUGGGAAUUCUUGUGAUGUUUCCUUUAAAAAAACAAAACAAAAAAAAACGUUAUUCUGAUCAUUUCAAAGUCUUUGCUUCACAUUUUAGUUAGUCUAUGUACUCGGGAAGCUGUAUAUGAGGCUGUGUUCUGUUCUGUGUUAGCUCCACAUUUGUGGUUUGGUUUUAGCACUUUGGAUGUGUUGCAAGGAAAACUGCAAUUGAAAAAAAAAAAAGUUUUAUAAGUAAUUUCAACCCUAACAUGUAUAAUGAAAAAUAAGUUGUGACUGAAUAAAUGUAGUGGUUUAUUUGUUCACA